CGUGAUCUUACAUCAUGUCUUGUUGAUGUACAAGGCAAAAAAGUAUAUCCAAGUGAUCCAGAGUAUAAUAGCGACAUAAUAGAUGAAAAUUCUCGUAUAAUGUUUAGCCCAUCUGUGAUAAUACAUGCUAACAUAGUGGCAGAUGUUCAAUUUUCUGUGUUUUGUGCAAGUACACUUAAUAUGAGCAUUUCGGGAUAUGGACUAAUUGGAAGAAAAUAUGGACUCGCGUUAGAUAGCAUCAUUUCUAUGGACCUUGUUGAUGCUACCGGACGUCUGAUCACUGUAACUGCCGAUAAGUAUACGGAUUUAUUUUUUGCCCUCCGUGGAGCUGGGUCUAAUAACUAUGGAGUAGUUACUUCUUUUACAUUUCGAAUUUAUCCUGCUCUUCCUAAAGUCACAUCUAUAUCAUUAAAAUAUGAUCUUAACAAGAUUCAAACUCUUUUUGAUGCAACUAAACAACUUGGUCCGACGCUUCCUGAUGAUAUAUCAUUCUCGAUAGUUAUAGAUAACGGUUUUGUAGAAUUUCAAGGUGUUUAUCUAGGAUCACAAUCGAGUGCAACGCAAGUUAUGAGCCAAUUUAUUUCACUUUCACAACCAACUUCGAAUCAAUUUACAGAGGAAAGUUUUUUCGAUAGCGUUGUAAGAUGGGGAUUUCAACAAGAAAGUGGCACAAUAAAUCCAUAUCAUAGUCCCAGUAAAUUUAAAGCAAAGUCUUUCUAUGUAAAAUCUUCUGGACUUUCAGCAGAGGGUGUUCAAUCGCUUGUGAAUUUUAUGAAAGGUCUUCCCACCGCAUGUCCAACAUAUGCAGUAUUUGAUUUAUACGCUGGUGGUGCGGCAGCUAGAAUUGCAGAAAAUGCUACUGCACCAGAUGACUUUAUGAAUACAUGCUUAGAAUGA